UGCUGCUUCCGCUUUCACUGUCUAAACUGAGCUGAUAAAAAUCAUUCAACUCCCAAGUAAAUAUAAUUAUGUAUGAAUAGGAAUAUGUAAUAUUCAGGGAGAACAAUAUUUGGCUUUAAGAUAUCCCGCAAAACGAGAAGUUUUCCUCUUAAAUUGAACCAUUCAUAAUUUAUUCAAAUCUUAACGUGCCAUUCUUUUCACUUUGACACCCAAUAAAUUCCAAAUCAUAACCGUUGCUUAUGUUCCACAUGUGGAACACAUCUUGGCUUAACAUUAACAGCAAGAGUCAGUUAACAGUGCUGACUGUUAACAGCGCAGACGCAGCUGGCGCCCAAGUCAUCCAGCUACCCGCAGUGCUGCUAGCAAUUCAAGCAAAGAAAGAGAUAAAGCCACACUAUUUUUAAGUGUCUGCCGUUGUUGAACAACAUCUGACGGGAAAAAGCUUAUUGGGCAGCACUGGCCAAGCAGUUCGCCGUUGACUGUGCUUUCUUUUUAAUAAAAAAUUUCUUCAGACGCAUCGCCGCUUCAUUCUUCAUUCAGUGCGAGACCGUUAACAGCAGCAGACGCGUCGUCGCAGAAAGCAGCCAAGAGUGCAAAGUGUGUGUGGAAGUUUUAAAAUACGAAGACGUGCAAGAGAAAUGUAAAACGCUAAAAACCAAUAGAAGAAAUACAAUAUUGGAAUUUAUUGUUGUUAACUGUAUAAGUGUUGAAGAGUUGAGUUGAGUGUGUCGAGUUCAACUAAAAAAAGAAAAAGAAAAGUGCCUGGCAAACGAACGAACGAGCGAACGAACGGAGCGAGUGAGAGAGACGUGGAAGGAAAAUAAAUUUGAUUUUGUACGCCGUUGCCAUCGGAAAUCGCAAAAACGAACGCUAUUCGAAAUCAUCUGUAGUUCAACAUGAGAGCAAGUUUCCCUUUCGCCGGGCUGCUCUUGCUGCUGGGCUUCUCUCUUGCCCUCGCUGCGCAGUCAUUGGACGAGACAGCCUCAGCUUUGCUGCCGCUGGAGGCACGCAAUGCGGAUGUCUCGGGGGAGGAUGAUGUCAUCUCCACCAGCUACGUGCUGCCCAAUCAGAUCUUCAACGAUGGCAAACCUUACUACGCACGCCAAGAUCCCAUCUCUGGGCAACUGGACUUCACAGCCAAGAAGCCGGCUGGCAUUGAGCCCGAGGUAAACGAGGUGCUCAACUCCAAGGAGAAGAUUGUGUUGAAUGGCGGCUCGAGUCCCAACAUACACGACUUUCUCAAUCUGCCCGUGAAGUAUUCCUCGUCGAAGUUCGUCUAUCCCCUGGUGUCGAGUUCUUAUGCGAAUCUGAAGUAUCAGGGCAGCAACAAGAACUACGUGACCAACAAGAAACCCACCUCGGUGGCUGCUCCCGUCACGGUGACUGCACCACCCAGGUACAGCGGACACAACGACAACUAUUUGCCCGUGACAACCACAAAGCUGACUGCGGUGACACCCACCGAGGCGGGUUACUUCAGCAGCAGUUCAACGAGAGCAACGACGCCACGGACAACGCCAAGCACCACGAGAAGCACCACAACAACAACUACGAGCACCACGCCAAGCACAACUACAGUGCGUUACACGACAACCACGCGACGCACGGCGCCAACUGUGGCAGCCACAACGGCAGUGCCACCGACGCCACGUCAACAGACGACGCGCAAGAAGUUUGUGCCCUUCAAGAAGACGAGUCCCAGCACCACAGCAGCCACCAGCACCACAACAACAACAACCACAAUUCCCACAAAGUUGACUAAGCCAACGCUAAGCAGCAGCGAUGUCAAGUUCACCACGCAUCAUCCAACGCCACAAGCUGCCAUCUUCCCCACAGAACCUGCAACCACGACCAAGAGAUACACUUCGAGCACGACGGCGCCUGUGGUGUUCACAGAGGAGUCCAUUACCUCAACAACGCCAAGAAUUGAAGGCAACAGAGUGCCGCAGCUGGAACCCGCGGAUGUCUAUCACACACUGGGACAGAAGAUUAACAAGCAGGAACUGGAGCAAGAGCAACAACAACAGCAACAGCUACAGCAGCAACAUCAACACCAACAGCAACAACAGCAGCAACAUCAACAACAGCUACAUCAACAACAGCAGCAAGAGGAGCUUCAUUUGCAGCCACCUGCCAAGCCAGCGUUGACUCUGAGCGACAUCUUCAACAGCUUGGCUGAGGAGGAAGUUGCCGUGGCCAACAACUAUCAGCAGAAUCAAGGCUUCGAUGCCCAAGGCAAUCUGAUUGAACCCAUAGCGCCUUCACAGCCUUCGCCAUUUGCCAUGCAACCACAGUACCCACAACAUUUGCAGCAGCAGCAUCAACAGCAGCCGCAGCAACCACAGCCUCCACAACCUCCUCAACAACCUCCUCAACGUGCCAACCCCAGCCAGCACCCAGCUGAGCCGCAGCUCAUCUCGGGAAGCCUGGAGAACUAUGGCAACGAGUACGUCUCGUAUCAAGUGCAGCAACCGAACAUGAUGCAGUAUCGUCCGAUGCCCGGCCAGAUCAACAACGUGGUCAUCUCACCCGGUCAGCAAUCCGCCUCGUUUGUUCUAGGCAGUCAGCAGCAGGUGGGACACGGAAAUGUGGAGAAGGAACCACUCUUCAGCAAGGACACAGCUGGCGUGCAAUACGGACAGGUGAUCAACGAGGACAUUGCCAACAUUAAGCGUCCCUUCCCCGCCAAGCCAACGCCCCCGAGCAGCCAGCAACAGAUGCCCAGUGUGCAGUCGAACUCCAAGUUCCAGCAGACCACCGAUGCCACUGUGGUGGGCGUGCCAAGUGGCAGCUAUCCUGAGCCGCCGCCAGAGGCACCUACACCUUACCAGCAGCUGCCUUUGAUUGGCUCCAAUUUGCGAAAGAAGCAACCACCCAAAGUGCUGGACACCAUUUCGGCAUCCAACAAUCAGCUCAUCCAGAGCUCUGUGCCCGCUCCCAAGCCAGCUGCCGCUUCACCGCUGCCACAGGACACCCAGGAGCUGCUGGUGUCCACCAACAUUCGUUUCCCAGCCAACGACGAAGAGUCCAUUGAGCAGUCAUCGCCGGGCGUGUUGCCUGGUCCACCAGCUGGUCCCAGCAUCAAUGGCCAUGCACAGCCCUUGAGUCUGCAGCAAAUACAACAUGCCAACCCCGUGGUCUUCCCCAAGCUCAGCGAGGAACAGCAGGCGGGCAGCGCCAAUGUGCAAAUUCAACAGCACGAGGUGCUCAACAUCAAUCAGCACAAGCAGCAAUUGACAUUCCCCGCUCCCGGACAGCCGCAGAGCAAUCAGGAACCAUCGCCAGCACCCUCGCAGGACAUGCAGCCACCGCCACCACGCUACGCUCCUCAGCAACAGUCUCAAGCUGCUCCCGGCAAGCGUCCCUUCUACAAGGAGUUCGAUCGCAAGCAGCAACCCCCAACGGGAGGUGCACCAACUGGUCCGCGUCCUAAUGUCAAUCUACCCAACAUUCUGCCUCAAUUCCGCCCGAAUGCCAAGCUCUCCAAUGGCCACAAUCCCAAUCUGAAGCAGGAGCCAGGCAACAUUCGUUUGAACUACAAUCCCUCGACUCCGCCACAGUUUGCUCAUCGUCGUCAGCCGCUGCAGCAGCAACAGAUGCAGAAGCGUUACCCGAUGAAUCGCAUUUCCGAAUACGGACCCACAAAUCCCGCUCUCGACAUCAACAGACGCGUCUAUCGCCUGCCUCCCAACGGCGUGCAACGCAUGGUGCCCCAGAUGAGGGAUCGUCUCUACGUUCGUCGUCCCAAUCUGCCAGGUCUACCCAAUGUGAGCAGUGGCAUCAACAACAACGUGCCCAGUGGACCACCUCGCGCUGUCGACGGUUAUCCUGUGGAACGUCAUGCGCCCGCGCCUGUUGCCGAGGCCUACAAGCUAAACCCUGGAGAUCUGGAUGACUUCGAGGAGGAGGAUCUGGUCAUCAACGAUCCACCGCAAGCGCCGAACAAGGAACGUCAAACACCGAGCGAGUCCAAGCUGGAGGCGGUUGUCACACUGCAAAUGCUGCAGUCGCAGAAGAAACCCGUUAACGGCGACGACACCGGAGCAGGCGAGAUUCAGGUGACAGCCGACAAUGAUCCACAAGAAGUGCUGGCCGGCAGCAUCUACGGCGAGGAAGCGAUUCCCAGCGAAGCUAUUAGAGAUCCCUCUGCACCCGCUGUCGAGUACCAAAACACUCCCUUCUCCGUGAUACGCGAUCAACCCCAAGAACCCAUUCUCAAGAACAAGAAACCACAAUCGCUGCAACAGCAGACGAAAGUGCAGCAGCAGCAGCUGCCCAAGCAAAAGUUCCCCUACGCAAUCGAGAAGCCAGAUCCCUCCUACUCCGAACUGCAUCCCGCUCAGGCGGCGGCUGCUCCUCAAGUGCCUGGUGUGCUGAUUGCGCCGCGCAUCAUCAACAGCGCCUUCAGCAGCGGCACAGAGGCGCCCAUUGCCAUCGCCUAUACACCAACCGAACCCAAUGUGGCCGCCUAUCGUCGUCCGCAGGAAGCGCAUCCUGCUGCUGAGACGCAAACGGAGCAAGUGUUGAGCAACGAUUUUGAUUUGCGUGGUCACAACUACGAGAAGAACUUCAUGGCGCCGUUCUAUCCGAGUGCCAGUCUGGGAGGAGCUCCUAACUUGGGCAGUCCCACGCCCAGCAACUGGAAGAUUGUUGGUGGCUCGACGGGAGCGGCAGAUCCCUCAAUCUACGAAAAGAACAGCAUCAAUCGCGCCGAUGUGGAUCAGUCGCCAGAGGAGAAGAAGGAGGUGCAGGAAGCCAGCAAUUCCACGGACUUUACAACGGAAAAGCACUUUGAAUUGGACAGCUUCCAGCCACAGCUGCAGGGCGGUUUCAAGCCCAUCUAUCCACCAGACUAUUUGGUAAACAAAGACGAGUCCAACGAUCAGAGCGAUGAGCAAAAGAAGCCCUUGGCUUUGGCUCUCACAGCUGCACAACAACCGCAGACAGCGCAGAUCUUAAGCACGGGAGUCAUCACUUCCUCUAGCUCCAGUUCGAGUUCGAGUUCGGUGCAAUCAACAACUGUUGACAACAGUCGCACUUCAUCCUCCACCACAAGCACUACAAAUGUGCCGCAGACCACCAAAUUGGCCAGCACAACGACGACGACGACGACGUCAAGCACAUCGAAUGCACCGAGCAGCGCUCCAACUAAGAAGUCCAGCUUUGAAACGAGCCUGGCAGCGUUGCUCUUCGGUGAAGAUGACGACUACGAGGAUGGCGCAAGGAAAGCCGAAGCAGUAAAGACAGUCACAAAGGAGCAACGAGCUCCGUCGGGGCCGAGGAAUGUGGCCAGAAUGGGACCGCGUAGUAUGCGCAGCUAAGCGAAUUUUACUCGUAUUAUGCUUAGUCGAAUUUUAGUUUGUACUUUAUCGUAUCGUAUUGUAUUUAUUGCAAAUUUUCACACACACACACAGAGCUUUUUUACUUACUGACAGUAACUUAAGUCACGCUAGAUGCUAGCCAACAAUGAAUGGACUUUUACCAACAAUUCACGACUUUUGCGAGUCCAAUUUGAAAUACACACAUCUGUUGCAUUCGAUUUCUUAUUGGACUCCCGAAUCGUCGUUUGUGUAUUCAGAUCUACGUACAAACCUCUUAAAUACAUAUAACAUACAUAAUAAUGCAUCGUAUGUACUAUGCCCACAGUAAACAUUAAUAUUAUUUAUUUAUUUAUUAUGCAAACAAACUUACACAAUAGACGAAUACUUAAAUAAAUUAACCAUUUAUCUGGUAAAAGUAUGUAA